GUUUCUAUCUUAUUUGCAACACUCCAUGGAGCAGUGAGUCAUUAAGAAGAAACAAAGAAAUUGCUUAACUGUCAGGCAAUGAUGUGAAAAUGAUAGUAAUAUAAACACCCAUCUUGGUAUGAAGUUGGAUCCAUUUCAUCUGCCAGCCAACAAACGACGAUGAUUCUGAAAUUGGUACUGCAUUUCAUCGUUUUGGCAAUAUGGAGUGUACUUGUAGAGGUAUCAUCAUCACAAGAAGAUUACCCAUCCGUAGCAAAGCCUGGUUGCGAUUCGCGAUGUGGAGAUCUUCAAAUUCCCUUUCCGUUUGGAAUGAAGAGUUCAGAAUGCUACGCAGAGAAGUGGUUUGAAAUAGAAUGCAGAAACAGUGCCACAUAUCAUCAAACACCUUACCUCAAGUCAAUAGGAGUGGAAGUGACAUCCAUUGAUGUGGGAAGAGGCACGGUUACUAUCAUUCAUCCCGUUUACCGUAGUAACUGCGGAACCAAAGAUUCUCCGCCGGUCAACCUCACGCUGGAAGGAAGCCCUUUCGUAUAUUCCCAGGAACAGAACAAAUUUGUUGCCGCAGGUUGCAAUAUUAUUGCUUUUUUGCAGGUGAAUGGGACAGGAAGUAGUGGUUGUGUAUCCAUCUGCGACAAGGACUUGAAGGUGGAUGACAUCGGGAAGCUGGAGCUUAAAAACAAUGAUUGUAAUGGGAAGAACUGCUGUCAGAAUUCCCUGCCACCGUAUCUUAAGGAAUACAGCACCCAAGUGAAAGGAUUGAAGGAGAACGAAAUGGAUGAUGAGUGCAGUUACGCCAUGGUUGUACAGCAACAUCUAACCCUAUACCCACGCUACUACCGGCCAGAUUGUCGUUAUUAUCCUUAUAAUCCUUAUAAUCCUUAUCAUACUCCCCAAAGCUACGAUUUUUCUGUGUAUGGAGCGGUGAAGGAUUUAGAUUUGGUCCCUGCUGUGCUUGAAUGGGAGAUUCUCAACAAUUUCAGCCUUAAACUUCCUGCAGCGAAUCUCUCUGAGUGUGUUGACACUAAUAUUACUUCUUCACUCUAUAAACGUUCAGGUCAGAGAUGUUCUUGCGUAAGGGGUCCAGGUAAUCCCUAUUUUGAGGGAGGUUGUUCAGAUUCAUCAGACAGUCCUCCAUAUUCAGACUACUGGCAUAGGCAUCAAAAAACAAUAAUUGCUGCCAUUAAAGGUAUGCAUGAUGGUUACGGAUUCACUUUUUUUUAUUUUUUAUCAUAA